CCCGAGUUCAGACCUAAUUACCUGUUGAAUCGCGUUUGCGGUGGUGUCUGAAACGUUUUCCCACCAUUUAUACCUUGUCCAACGCUCGUCCCGGUCGUUCCUGAGUUCAAACCGCGAAGUCCGCACAUAAUUCAUCAUGGUUCACAAAGUCCUCUUCUGGGGUGGCUUCGGCAUUGCUGUCCGACUCUGGCAACUCGGUAUCGAAAUGCGCCCUAUCCUCGCCAAGGAAUCCCUCUGGGUGUACCCCCUCUUCGCCGGUGUUGGUGGAAGCUUCGGAUACUGGCUCCAGGGAGUUGAAAGCAGACAAUUGAAGAUCCUCGCUCAGCGCCGGGAAGCCAUCUUGGAGAAGCGCCGGAGGAGAGAUGAGCGGGGAGUUGCAGAGGCUGCCGCAACAGCAUGAAGUGGUUGAAGCUCUAUUAUGGGGAGUGAGGAGGAUAUCAGGAAUAUUCGUCGUUAUUGGGUGAAAAGGAAGCCCGAUAUUCACUUGUACCAAAAUCAGAGGUUGAUGGUCUGGGGCUUUAUACUGCGUCAAUGACCACACGGCCUUGAGAUGUUUUUUAUUUUUUCCUCGAUGCGAUUGCAAAUGCAUUUUCAAUUUCAAGUGUAACCACAAAUCGUCACUUUAUUACAUUGAUAAUCCACAUUCGUCCAGGGAACCCAAUUAUCGAGCCAUAUGACCGGGCAUCCAUUUGAUGCUAUUCUUCCGCACCUUCGCCUUAGCUACUUGCUCGCAG